AUGGCAUCUUCUAAGCUGUUGCCGCUCAAGAGUAUCCCUACCCUCUCCGACCUGUAUCGCGCAGAACUCCUCGCACCGUCAGCCGAAGAGGAUCUGGCAUCCCCAAACCAAGAAUACAACGACAAAAUCAGCCUGAUACAGCAUGACAUCACACUGCUAGAAGUCGAUGCCAUUGUCAAUGCUGCAAAUCGCCGACUCCUCGGAGGAGGAGGUGUUGAUGGCGCAAUCCACCGUGCAGCUGGACCUGGCCUCCUGAAAGAAUGCGCAACUCUUGAUGGCUGUGCCACCGGGUCUGCCAAAAUUACCGAUGCCUACAACCUGCCGUGCAAAAAGGUCAUCCACGCUGUUGGCCCUAUUUUUGACAGCAUCACCAAGUCUGAGCCUCUGCUUCGAUCCUGCUACCGUACGGCCUUCCGCCUCGCAGCUCAGAAUGACUGCAAGUCGAUAGCCUUCCCUGCCAUCUCCUGUGGAGUCUAUGGUUUCCCAAGCAAGCCUGCAGCCCUUGCAGCGAUCCGCGAGACCCUUGCUUUCCUCAAGACACCAGCAGCGUCGGGUAUCGAGAGAAUCAUCUUUUGCAACUUCAUGGAUCGAGACGUGGAUGCAUACGCCGAUUUGCUGCCGCUGAUUUUUCCCCCAACUCUGGAAGACUUGUCCCCAACAAGUGAGUCAGACCUUUCUGAUCUAACAGACUCAGAUGAUGACGAAGGACAGCCUAGUCCCAUGAGGCCUAUUCCACCCCGAACGCUGUAUGUGAACCCCCGUGUCGAUAGAAACAGUGGAUCGAGAUCAGCCAGCUUCCGGAGUAGUUCGAAGCGAUCGUUCGAAGAAUUAUUCGAAGAUGACGAUGAAGAGGACGAAAGCCCGGUUACCAAGAAGAGACGAGCCGGAAGUGGCCCGUUUGACUGUGAAGGUGGGGAUGAGCAAGACCAAUCCCUUCGUGAAGGCGCCGAGUCCGAAUCAGAAGAUGAGGUUGACACGAAAAUUCCUACCACCGUCUGGAAAGGCCGUCUGACUGAUCCUGUCGACGACGAAUGCCCGCACGAACGCUUCUACGUGGCUGAUGGGCUGUCUUCUCAUGGUCUCUGGCCACAUGGUGCAUGGAUCUGCGAAUGUGGUGAGAAGUUUCUCCAGAGAUGUUGCACUGAUAUGCCAGCGAUUGGUCGUGGUGUGUACCAUCGGUAUCACUACUGA